AUGGAUUCAACAUUAGAGGAAUUAACAGCGGAACAAUAUGUCGAAAGACAGAGAGAAUUAGAGCUUGAAGCUCGUGAGGCAUACCCUUAUAAAUUUGAUGAAUGUACAUAUUCCAAAGGUUACUUAAAGCAGACAUUAUAUGCUUGUUUAACCUGCCAAAGAGAAGCAGAGUGUUUGAACGGGGUUUGCUAUGGUUGUAGUAUCAGCUGUCACGCAGAUCAUGAAUUGGUGGAAUUAUUUCAUAAACGACAUUUCCAAUGUGAUUGUGGAACCGUAAGAACCGGCGAAGAGCCCUGUAAGAUAAGAAAGACAACAAACGAGUGUGCUCCGGAAAAUCAAUAUAACCAUAACUUUCAAGGCCAGUUUUGUACCUGUGAUACCUUCUACGACCCUGAACAAGAAAGCGGAGUUAUGUUUCAAUGUAUACUGUGUGAAGAUUGGUUUCAUGAUCGAUGCUUGGAAGUUUCCAAUCAAGGCAAGUCGUUGCCUGAUUCGGAGUCAUUUGAAUGGGUAAUCUGUAAAGACUGCGUAUUUAAGUAUAGGAACUGUCUUUUGAAUCGUCAGCACGUUUUGCCUUUCCAGAAAGAAGAACAAUUAGUUCCUCGGUUUCUGGACGAACACUUUCGAGAGCAACUUUGCCCUUGUGGUUCUUGUAUUGAGCUUCGCAAAAGUCAAAUGCCUAUUCUAAUAGAGGAUGAACCGAUUUAUGAGCAACCUGAGGAUUCUGACAUGGAAAAUGAAAGCGGUGAUGAAGCGGAAGACAUGAAUUCACUUGAUGAAGUUGUGUCUAGCACCAUGCAAGAUAUACUUCAUGUUUUAGAUCGGCUUCCCCGUGUUCAAGCAAUCGAAGGAGUUCAUGCCUACAAUCGAUUAAAGAAUGAACUCACGGAAUUUUUGCUUCCUUUUGCAAGAGAAAACAAAGUUGUCACUAAAGAAGAUAUCUCAAACUUCUUCUUCGAAAGGUUAAAUUCUGGAAAGAAUGUUGGUUGA